AUGACUGAAACAUCAUCAUUGAAGCGCGCAGCAUCCGAAGACCUCGACGUAUCGAGCGAGCCAUCUAAUGGCGUGAAGAAAGCCAAGAAAGUCGGCCCUACGGACCCAACAACAUCGACAGCGGAGCUAGAGAGUAUUGGAGCUACGGAAGCAGCCCCAGCUCGCGAUGAACCAAAUGACGAUGUUGCAUUGCAGCAGAAAGAUGCGACAUCCAAAGACCUCAAUGAGAAGAGCGGCACCGAAGUGCAGCAACCCAAGACAAUCGCCCCAGUGCCCGAACCCACCAAAGCAGAAGACGAGGACGAGGACGAGGACGACGAGAGCGAAAUCGAGAAAUCAGUUUCGCCGGACGGUAGCGAUGAGGACUACGAUUCCGAAGAAGACGGCGAUGACGAACCCUACGGUUACGGUCUUGAACGCGAUCCCGACCAAGGCGGUUUGGCGAUGCCACCCGGCCUUGACGAGGAAUAUGAUGAGUUGGCGAAUGAUUAUUGA